AUGAGUCGGGGUCCAGGUGGUAUUUUCACAUCUCUAAGUGCACUGAAACACAACAUGUCGGUUGAAAAGCAACCAGAGCAUGGCUACACACGGUUCAGUGGAGCCUGCCUCCCUCUUGAUCCUUUAGUCAAGCUCAACGUGGAUGCAGGUUACCUUCAAAAUUCCAAGAAAGUCAGUUUAGACUGUGUAAUUAAGGAUCAUAAUGGACAGGUGUUGGGUACAAGUUGCAGAAUCACUUACUCGGUUCAAUCAAUUUUUGCUGCCGAGGCAAUUGCUUUCCCGCAUGGGCUCCAAUUUGCUCAAGAUAUGGGCUUUUCUUGUUUUAUCAUAGAAGGGGAUGCUCGAACCAUCGUUCGAAGAGUUCAAUCCACCGAAUCUAAUCUCUCAGAUAUCAGAUCCCUCGUAAUCUACAUAAAAGAAAAGAAUGAGGAGUUUAGGGAGUGCCAUUUCCAUUUUAUUCCCAGACAUGCAAAUCAGGUAGCUCACGCUUUAGCAAGCAAAGGUUUGAGGGAAUCUACUGACCUGUUUUGGGUGAAAGAUGCUCCCCCAUCCAUCCUCAGCCUAGCUGCAGCAGACCCUCGCCAUCUUGAACCUCCUUGA